AUGACUGCUGGUGGAGGCAACGCACUGACACCCCUUACCACAGGGUUACAAACCAUUAAACUGCGCUCGCGGCUAGUCAUCGGUAUUCGCUUGUACGGAUCCCUCGUUGCCCCGCAUCCCCGUGUCUCCACGCAAAUAAAGUGCCGACCCUUUCUUCAGUAUUUCGGCGAAACACUAAGACGCCUCCGCUGCGACGUAACACUCUUCGCUCCGUUCCCAAACUGUGACUCCGAUGGAAAGUUGCUCAACGUAAAGGAGUUUCCAUGCGAGUACCGUAUGGUACACGACCCUACGUCUGGAUCAGCGGGGAAUCGAAAUAACAUGUACAGAGGAAGGAAACCGAGCGCCGCCGCUCGUAGCAAUUUUCAAGACUACCUCAAUGAAGUGGCCUCUGAGUUGAAUGCCCCUCCCAAGCGCAUUCUUUUUAUAGAUGCCGAGAUAAAUUAUCGUUUUUCCCCCGUCCAAACAUUAGUACUGGAGGCAUUUGAGCCGAGGCGACCACGGUUUUGUCACCCACACCAGCGGAGCGAAGCGCCAAGUGACAUCACCGUGGCGGCUGAGGGUAGCACGCGUGCGCAACGGCAAGCUGCCAUGCUUGAAGCAGAGUUUGAGUGGACACAAAGACAACAGCUGCAGUCGCGGCGUUGUGCUCCCUUCUCGCCAGAUCUCUAUCAGGAGAAGUCAACCCCUGUAAGUGACAGUGAGGUGCGGGAAGCCGCGCUGGCCGUCAAGCGUGAAGAUUACACACUUGUGGCUCUCGCCGGUAUGUUGGUGGAGCUUGCUGCGACGGACGCAAGUGUUGCGGAUUUCCUGCGGGUGGAGCCUUUAGUUGAAAAGCUCCGUGUACCCUUCCACGGCAACGUGAAUUAUCUACCGAUCGAGAACUGUGAUGACAUGAUGUUUUGGGACUGGAAUGCUGUGGAAGUGCGGGAGGCGGAGUCUAUGGCGACAGCGGCUGAAACUCCGGAGGUGGAAGAGCGGGAGGAGCAUCAGCACAUGUUCAAGUGA